AUGUCUCUUCUGACCUCUUGUGCCCUCCAGGUAGGACUGCUUGACAGCGUCAUCCGCGCAUAUCGCAGCUCCAGCGCCAGCUCCAGCCCUUGGGACAGCGCAGCCUUUGACUCGCUCACCCUCCUCGCAACCGUCCUCCUGGGGGGCCGGUAUGCCAAGGCUCUCUUGUCACAGCAUACAUUUGCAGCAACGGCAUCACUUGCCGCAUUACUGCCUUCGGAAGCUCUCGUCGUGGCUGAGGAUGAGGGGGAGGGGGAGGGGGAAGGGGAGGUCGGUGCCGGUGUCAGUGCCGUCAGACAUAUACCUCCGUCAAUGUUGAGGGUUGGAGAUGUUGUCCUUGUCCAUCCCAACACUGCCGCCCCGUGCGAUGGCGACGUCGUCACAGGGAGCAGCGAGAUGCUCGAGGCUUGCCUGAACGGUGGAACGGUGCCCCGACCCAAGCGAGCUGGAGACCCGGUCUUUACAGGCUGCGUCAACCUACGCCAAACCCUCAAGAUCCAGGUAACUCGGGCAGGAAAGGACACAUGGCUCGAAAAGGCCUUGGAAACGACGCUGAGUGCUACCAGAAACAAAUCGUCUGUUCAGGCCCUCUCCGAGACCGCAGCCGAGUAUUUCGUGCUCGUGGUCUUCUCUGUCAUGCUUGCCGCCUGCUCACUCGAAGCAUACUACCACUUCACGGACAUGUCAUCUGUUCUGCACAGGGCUUGCUUGAUCCUCCUAUCGGCCUGCCCUUGCACACUUGGUCUCAGCGUCCCAUCAUGCAUCAUGGUAGCAACUGGUGUGGCGGCAAGGCAUGGGGUCUUGAUGAGCCCUCGCCCGUCGUGUCUGCAGGCUGCUACAACAUUAAGGAUGAUCAUGUUGGAUAAGACUGGGACUCUGACUCGAGGCAACGUCAAGGUCAAAGAGCAUCACAUGUCUAGCACGGUCCCUCCAGCUCUCCAUCCUCUUAUCUUCAAGGUCAUCUUCCAGGCAGAAAUCGGGUCUCAACAUCCCAUCGCCACAGCUCUACGACAGUACUGUGCCAUGUUGUGUGCAGAAGAUCAUGCCGCCGGGCUGAGGAGUCAGGUGCACUCAGUCCACACCCACCAUGGACUGGGAGUCUCGGCCCUCGUCAACCUCCCUCCCCAACCUGAUCCAGCGACCAUUCGCAUCGGGAGUCUCAGAUACAUGCAGUGGUCCCAUUGCACACCGGCACCCGACCUCGAGUACUGUAUUGAACGCGAACCAGGGCCAUCUCCAUCACCCGUUGGCGCUUUCAGCCCCGGCAGCGUCUAUAUCGCCCUCGACAGCACCGUCAUCUGCACUAUCCAACUGACCGACCCACUCGAACCUUCGGCGUCCAGAUUUGUCUCCACGGCCCACUCCCUCGCCCUCUCCGUCGGGAUCCUGACGGGCGAUACUCUCUCCUCCGUCGUGCCUGUGGCUGCUUCGCUUUCCAUCCCCCGCUCGCGUGUCUGGGCUUCAUGCCUUCCCCACGACAAGGCACGCAUCAUCUCCGGUUUGAAAGAAAGAUACUCCUCCCCCAAAGGCUGUGUGGCAAUGGUAGGCGAUAACAUGAAUGACAUCCCGGCACUCUCCGCCGCCGACCUCAGCAUUGCCGUCGCCACCGACGCCUUCCAAUUGCCUGACGGUGUUGCCGACGCACUGAUCCUGAAUUCUCCAUCAUCUCCUUCUGUGUCCCACACAAUUCAAGGGUCUCGGCAGGAACAUGAUGAUCAUUCGUCAUCACUGCCGCGAGUUCUCUUCAUCAUAUCCCUCUUAGCCCGCACCUCCCAUAUCAUCCAACAAAAUGUUCUGUGGGCGUUGUGCUACAACACGGUUGUAUUAUUUCUUAGCUCUGGAUUGGGGCGGUUGAUCGGGCUGACAUGGGACAUGUCACCGCUGCACGCGGCGUUGGGCAUGAGCCUGAGCAGUCUUGCGGUGUUAGCCAACAGUUUGAGAUUGGAAGGAGAAGACAUGUGGCCCCUUCAGAGAUCACGAGGGCCGGGCAAGUCAGGGGUGGACCUGAUGCGAGGCUGA